UGGCACUGCUCUUGCAACCUGCUCUUCGCGAAAUGGAACUGCGGGGUGGAGGGGAGGUGGGAAGCGGGGACCAGCCCCGCCGCCCUAAAUGGGGAAGUGAGCCGACUGCGGGCGCGCCAGCCGCGGAUGGGCCCCCCCCACCAUUCCCGCCGGCGCCCUGCAAGAUGGCGACGGGGCUGCGUGCCCCUCGGAGGCGCGUCGCUGCCCCACGCCUGGCGCUUGGUCCAAGGCCAGCAGCCCCGAUCCCAUAACCGGGCCCCUGCCCCAGCCUGCGGUCUUCGCGAGCUGUCACAGCCGAGUGGUCACCAUCGGGGUGGGGCGGGGGGUGGGCUUUGGGAUUGUUUUGAGCCCCCUGGUCCUGCAGAGCGGCGUCCUGCUGGGACUCCUCCCUCAGCUCCUACUGACCCUGCCUUCUGGGUUGUUCCAGGGACGGCUUGGGGUUUGGAGGGGGCAGUCCCCGGGAUUGGGGGUCGCGUGCGGUCUUGGGGAUUGUCGCUCCCCAAGUGACAGAGUUACGGGGAGGUGGGACCGGCGCACCUGGAUUCACAGCCUCCUGGGGCCCGCCCUCCCCCAGCUGUGAGCGUGACCAACUGACACCGCACCAGAAACGGGGCGGGGGGCAGGGCUGUUGAGUUGACCCCCUUCUGUAGUGUUGGGGGUGUCCCGGAGGAAGGGGGAUGGGGAAGGAGAGGUCCGAGCUUCCCUGGGGCACGGCUGGGGGCCCAGAGCUCUCUGAGCUAUGCCAGUGCCCCUUCUCCCUCCCCCGGGCAGGCCGUGGGUUCUCAGGGCAGAGAAGUGGCUGGGUCACCAUGAGAAUCCAGGCCCUGCUCCCCCCAGGCUGCGGGUCAACCCCAUGGUACCCCCCCGUUGUCUCCUGGUCUCCUCUGCACUCCCCCCACCAAUCCUGCUUUGGGGGCCUUCCUCUGGCGCCUUGCCGCGGAUCCCCCUUCUGUUUCCCCCAUCUGUGGGCUCGGGAACAGGGUCAGCCCGGGUCACCGCAGUGCCCAGCGCAGGCCUCCCGGUGCGUAACCCAUGAGGUGACCCCGAGCCGCUCUGGCGCCCCACACCCGGUCCGGCCCGCUCGCUUCUACGCGGUGCUCCGUCCAGUGUCACGAGGGCGUCGCACAGGCCCGCGUGUCCACGCUCUGUGCAGACCCCCGGCGCACACUUUCCAAAACUCCAGGGCAUCGGGCGAAAUGACACCCGGAGAUUCCAGAGUCCCAGGUGAGCGCCCCUUUGCCUGUGACUGGCCGGGCUGCGACAAGAAGUUCGCGCGCUCCGACGAGCUGGCCCGUCACCACCGGACGCACACCGGCGAGAAGCGCUUCCCCUGCCCGCUCUGCUCCAAGCGCUUUACCCGCAGCGACCACCUGACCAAGCAUGCGCGCCGCCACCCUGGUUUCCGCCCGGAGCUGCUCCGGCGCCCGGGCGCCCGCAGCACCUCGCCCAGCGACUCGCUGCCCUGUAGCCAGGCAGGCAGCCCCGCACCCAGCCCGGCCCCCAGCCCUGCCCCUGCCGGCCUGUAGAGCCCUCGUCCACCCGCCCUGCGCGCCCCCGCUGGGCCUGGGCACGAGCACCAGCGAGACGCCUGCUGUCCAGGGCCCCGGGGCUGGCGGCAGACUGAUGGCCCGCCCGGCCACUCACAGCGUUUCCCUGAGGGCCCCCGGGAUGCCCUUUUCCCUCCUCAAGAAAGCAAGGAGGGGCUUGAGAUGGGACCCGGAGGUGGUCCUCAGGAGGGGCACCUGGGGUCUGCGACUGUAAAUAGCCAGGAUGGAUGACUCUCUUCCCGUGUGUUAAUGAGCAGGGACCCCAUGUGGGUGGCCGGCAGGCGUUCCCCUCCCCCCACAGCCACCUCCCUGCUUGGGGGUGGGGGGCCUGGAGGGGCCAGGAAAGGCACGCCGCUAACCAGUGCUCGGACUUGGCCCCCAUGCCCCUCUCUCCAGGUUGGGAUGGUGUGUGCAAAGAGCCAUAAAUGAACCAGGGGCUACUAAGAGCCCUGGCCUGUCCCCAGCCCCCACCCCGCCCCGGGGCCCCUCACCCCACUGAAAGCCAUUGGAGACGUUCAGGGAACUGGGGUGCGGCCCGCCGCCCCCAUUCGGGUACUCAAUCUCAGGUGUCCACAGCUUCUGACCAUGGUAAGGGCUGCCCGGCUCCCCAGCAGCAGGGGCUGUGUAGGGAGGGAGGCGGUAGGGUUUCCGUAGGGGCCUGCGUUUUGCCUCUGAGACCUGGGAUAUAGGGAGGGGGAGGAACUGGGGUACUUCCAAAGAGCAUUUUGACUCACUUUGUGGGGAGGCAGAGAUCUUGAGAUGGGAGUAAAUGCUGACUUAUUUAUUUUCUGGAUCUCGGCUGGUGUGGGGGGGGUGGAGCCACCCGUCUGUGGGCGCAUGUGGGAGUGAGUGAGAAACAUUUCUGGGGAGGCUGGUGCCAGCCAGGGUCCCUGACUUUGGCCUUUCCCAGCAUCACGUGACAAUCAAUCCCUCCUGUUUGGGACCACGACAGCCAUUGGGCACAAUGCUGGCCCUUACGCCUGGCAGGUCCCCCUGGGUACGUGGCCCCGGACCAGCUUGAGGUCCCACCCACGCAGGCAGGAAGCAGGAGGGCUGACCCCUGAGCCCCCUGGGAUAGCUCGUUUUUUUCGGAGCGGGUAGAAUAUUUUUUCAGGCGCCAGUCCCUUUCUUGAUCCGGGCCGUGGGUGGUCCGUCGUCCUCAGGGGGUGUGGGUGUGUGUGCGGGUCCGCAUGACGGGAGCGUCGGUAGGGAGUGGUGAAUGCUGGUGCACUCGGCCGGUGUCCUGCUGUGGCUUCAGUUGGCUUUCGUUUUGGAUAGAGGACCCCCGCCCUGGACUGAGACCUUGGAAGGGCCCGUCCCCCUCCUGCCGUUGGCUCGGGCGAGGGAGCAGGGUUUGGGUGGCUGUGGUGUGGACCCCACCCGGCCUGGCAGGAUCCAGGGAGGGUGCUUAGGGUCCUGGGGAGGGGGACGGGCCGGGGAAGCCCUUUUGGAGCCGGGCUGGGGAGUGUCUUCCAGGCAGGUCCUUUAGGAGCCAGACUGUGUGUGCCCUCUGACCCUGUCCAGCAGUGUCGGUGAGAUGCCUUGGUCCGUGGGGGGUGGGCCGGGCCCCGUUUUCCUUCUGUCUGGAUUGUCCCAGCCCUGCCCGGUGCCUGUCUGCAGGAGGCGGAAUGCCGGUCAGAGGCCUAGGGAGCUGCGGACUCAUCCUUGGCCCCUCUCCAGGGUCCAGGGGUCUGGGGAGACCCGUGCCCCUCCUCCCCCAAGGGGCUAGUGGUCAUUGGGACCUGAUGCCAGCCGCUUAGAUGUGGCCUUUCAAGCGGGGGAGGGCCCCAAGGGACUUGUGCUUUCGGGUGGCGCUCCCUACCCCUCCCCUGCCCGGCCUCUUCCUUGUAUUUAAUUAAAUAAGCCCUUUUUUAAACCCAA